AUGGAAACACAACACAAGUCCAGCACCCACCCCUUCCUCACCCUCUUCCCCCGCGAAAUCCGCGACGAGAUCUACACCCACCUCCUCACCUCCCUGCCCCCAAAACUCCAAUACGCCCAACCUAGCGACCCAUCCCCUCUACCGCCUCUCAGCUCCCGCCUCCCACCCUACCUACGCCUAAACCGUCAAAUCAACCAAGAAGCUUCUGAGGUGUAUCUGCGCCACACCACCAUCGCCGUCAACGACGUGAUCAACCUGGAACUGUGGAUGGUCGGUAUGCCGUCCAGCGCAUGGAGCUGCAUCCAGCAUCUCGAGAUAGGGACUGUGCGGGAGACUGCGCAUGUACCCCGGUUGAGUCCUGCUUGGUACCGCGCUGGAAGUGUUGUUGAUGUUGUGAAGAGAUGUCCCGGGCUGAAAAGUCUUACUACUGGUGUCCCGGGGAGUAUGUUUUUGAAGAAGCAGAUGACGGAUGAGGAGUCGCAGGGCGAGAAGACGUCGCGUUUGGUUAAUGAAGCGACGUUUGGGGAUAUGGCGGACCUUGCGAAUGUAUUGGGUUCUACGGGUCUCGAGAAGUUGGAUUUGGUGUGCGUUGAUGGUAAUGAGUAUUACUACGCCGAUCUCAAGGGACACGACAGCGAUAUCAAGCCAAAUUUUAGUCCGACUUGGACUGGUUUGAUUGACGCUGCUCAGAAUUGGGCUGAGGAUUUUGUGGAGAAGAGCAGGGAGAGGGGGAGAGUUGUUGAUGUACGGGUUAAGAUUGUUCCGAACUUGGGAAGGAACUGGAGGUAUGAGAUGGGGUUCUAUCCAGAGGGGCGUGUCACGUCCUUUCAGUAUCACUGCUGGUUUGGGUAG